UACGCGUUUUGCAUGGAAUUUGAACACCUGUCCUGCCAGGGUGUCCUGCCUCGUUGGAACUCACGGCAAGGAGGUUAACCUCCUUGCUCUCAAGGGUAGCGACAUGGGAAUUGCAUCGAAGCUUCGAUGUUCCGCCAUUCUGUUGGUUUUCCUCUGUUUCUUGAUCGAAAACAGAAGCGACGCAGAGAGAGUUUUGCUUGUACCCCCGCCGUUAGGCGACAGCCACUGGAUAACCCUGGCCAAAAUCGGCCGUGCUUUGUUGGAUAGAGGUCAUGUGGUCACUGUGGUUGUUUCAGAGGGCAUGGCGGCAAACCAACGGGCAGAGUGGCCCGACUUUCAGUUCGAGACGUUCCAAGACCGAGGAACUCACGCAAGGCUGAAGGCACUGCAAGACAACGCUUUUUCUGCGGCCGGGAAAUUAUCUCGCCAUGAAGAGAGAGGCGUAUUUUUCGCUAUGUUCGGAGAGUUGAGAGAACACUGUGCCCUGCUUCUGGGUGACCGUACCCUGCUGGCCCGGCUGAGGGCGUCCCCGUACAGCGUCGUUAUUUCAGACCCGAUCUUUCCGUGCGGCGCUAUCCUCUCAGCCUACAUAGACUUCCGGGUUCCCCACAUCAGCGUUAUGCGUGGGGAUCCUUUGUUUCUUGACGAAAAGGCUACAGGUGUGCCGAUCCCUCCGUCGUACGUGCCAUUUUUGGCUACCGACUUUACCGACGACAUGACCUUUGUUCAGCGACUUCAGAACGCGGUGUGGUACACUGUCGUACCCGUGAUAGCGCGCCGGGACGCGAGUAGGCUCUAUGACGAACUGGUCCGUGCGUACGUCGGCGGGGAAGAAACCAUUCAGAGCGUGACGUCACGUACGGACCUGUGGUUUUAUCAAACCGAUUAUCUGCUGCAGGAUUUUCCUCGUCCCAGCAUGCCCAACAUGGUUCAGGUUGGGGGGCUGAAUGUCCGUGCGGCCGCACCACUUACAGAGGACAUGGAGGCGUUUGUUCAGAGCUCCGGAGACGAUGGAGUGGUUGUCGUCAGCUUCGGGUCCAUGGUCAAGACGAUGCCGGAGGAUAAGAAAGAAAUCUUCGCGGCAGCCUUCGCCCGACUCCGGCAGAAGGUGUUGUGGCGUUACGUGGGGGAGAAGCCGGCCGGGCUGGGAAACAACACCAAGCCGCUGGCUUGGCUACCUCAGAACGACCUACUGGCCCACCCUAAGACCCGAGCCUUCAUCACCCACGCCGGGUCGAACGGGCUGUACGAGGCCCUGCACCACGGCGUGCCCGUGGUCUGCCUGCCGCUGUUCGGGGACCAGCCCGCCAACGCCGCCCGGGUGGUGGCCAGGGGGCUGGGGGUGACGCUGGACUUCAGCACGGUCACCGCCGACCAGCUGUACCAGGCCAUUCUUGACGUUCUUACCAACAACAGCUACCGUGAGACGGCGGCCCGCCUGUCCCGUCUGCACUGUGACCAGCCCCAGUCGCCCAUGGAGCGGGCCGUCUGGUGGAUAGAACACGUCAUCCAACAUGGCCGGCUGCCCCAUCUCCGCGCACGCGCCGCGGAGCUGCCGUGGUACCAGUACUACCUGCUGGACGUGGCCGCGUUCCUGCUGUCCGUCUGUUCAGCUGUCCUGGGGACCGUGUGGUGCGGCUGUUCGCUCGUCUGUAGGAAGUGUUGCACCACUAAAGGUGGCGGCAAGCUGAAGUCUCAGUAGACACCUAGAUACAAAGUACCUCUGACAUUAUGCAAAUAAAACUAUGGAUAAGAUGAAAUGUUAGACGUGAGGUCACCCAGUAUACACGACAAAUAAAGAGAUGUAGUGUGGCC